AUGGGUCAUAACAUCAGCCACGUCGUUAAAUCAUCACUAGAAAGUCGCAGUAAUUACCAAAUAGAGUCUUUACUGCAAUCUGGUCAUCGGCUUUGCAAAAGUAAAGAUUACGAAAAUGCAAGAAUCCACUACUUGAAAGCCUUAGAAAUUAUCAAUCAGAAAGGUAGUGAAGGACUUUAUCGUGAUCAACUAUGCUGUGAAAUCUACAUGACCAUUGCUUACAUUUAUCAACAUCAGUUACAAAGUGACGAGGCAGAAUUGUAUUGCCGACUGGCUGAUACAUUAAUUGGUCAAAUCAAAACCCAACUGCGCGAGAAUAAAGAUUUGCAUUCUGUAUCUGUAUUGAAAGCCAAUAAAAAUAAUCACGAUAAUCAUUUAAUAUCUAGUUGGACCGAUUUUGGCCGUGAUAAUUUAGAUGCAUUGGAAAAUUACACUAUAAUUUUAGCUUCAUUAUAUACCAAAAUAGGCAGUAUAAAAUACAGCCAGUAUAAAUAUGAAUCUGCAGUAUCGGUUUGCCAGAGGGCGAUUUUUAUUAAAUCGAAUCUCUUAGGCAUUCGUGGUGAUUCAGAUAUUGCCACCAUGUAUGAUGUCAUUGGUCAUUCCUAUAAAUAUCAAGGUAAAUACACCAAUGCCCUGGAUAAUUAUCAUAAGUCAUUAAAGAUCCAAUCAAAAAUAUCAGGAAACGGAAAUUAUAGUCUAAGUAUCGCCAACUGUUAUGAAAAUAUUGGCGAAAUAUUUCAUCGACAGAAAAAUUUCGGUCAAGCUUUAUCCUUGCAUAAGAAAUCGUUGAAUAUUCGAUCAAAGAUAUUAGGAUACGAUACUAUUGAAGUCUUACACUCCAGCAGUAGACUUGCUAAAACUAUGUGGGAAUAUAACAACGCUUGUGAAUCUGCUAUACAGGACUAA